AUGUCGAAGGGCGCGGCAGAGGAGCCAGCGUCGGCCUCAACAGCUGGCGCUAAGACAAACUCGUCCACAACGAUUGCAAAUCCACCUGAUCUCCCGACUAUCGACGAGAACAGUACUGCACCGGUGGUCAGGAAACGGCUGGCGCCGAAACGCGGCGAAACACAGAACGACGAGGAGGAGCUCACGCCGGAGCAGCUGGCGGAGUACCAGCGACGCCAGAAAGCCGCCCGUCAGCGAAAAGUGUACCGCUCGGCGCUUUUUAAGGUCGGCGCAUUCACGUUGAUGGUGGUCGUGGCUUUGGGGGUGAAGUACGUGCAGGAAUUCUUCACAACCAAGUGGUGUGCGACGGUGUACGUGGACGAAAGCGCCGGGAGCUCAAGAACGUCUACUACUUCUGUGAACACGGACUUGUUUGUCCGCGUCGAAAGAGUGGACAACGAAGAGGACGGCGAGGCGCUGUGUCUGGACGAGACGGAAUUCUUGGUGAAAAUAUCCACAGUAAAUUUCCUGUACACGUACAAAUGCGGUCUCUGCAUGACAAAACUUCGCUCCGAUCCUAGUUUAGCAUGACAAGUUUUACAUUCCAUAUUGCUGAAAUUUGUGAUGCAUCUUGUUCUUGGCAUGGUACGGAAUAACAGCAGCUCCAUCGUGAUUGGCGUUUUUUCUCUACUUGAGCAAGAACUGCAACAACAACAAACAACACUCAACCGCUCAACUUCCGCAAAAGGAAGAACCUUCCUCGCAACUCAUGAGAGGGGCCUUCUUGGUCUCCGGUCCUCGGUCCUCAGUCGCUCGCAAGGGAAUACCUGAAGAGCUAAGAAGGUCGAAAGCUGAGACACAUGAAAGGGAGUUUCUUGGUCUCCGGUCCUCGGUCCUCAGUCCCUCGCAUGGUAAUACAUGACGAGAUAAGAAUGCAGAAAGCUGAGACACAUGAAAGGGGGUUUCUUGGUUUCCGGUCCUCGGUCCUCAGUCCCUCGCAAGGUAAUACCUGACGAGAUAAGAAGGUAGAAAGCUGAGACACAUGAAAGGGGGUUUCUUGGUCUCCGGUCCUCGGUCCUCAGUCCCUCGCAAGGUAAUAUCUGACGAGAUAAGAAGGUAGAAAGCUGAGACACAUGAGAGGGGGUUUCUUGGUCUCCGGUCCUCGGUCCUCAGUCCCUCGCAAGGUAAUGGCUGACGAGAUAAGAAGGCAGAAAGCCCAGACACAUAGGAGGGGGCUUGUUGGUCUCCCAUCCUCGGCCCCCAGUCCCUCGCGAGGCAAUAUAUAAAGAGAGAAGAAAGGAGAAGGGGGACACACAUGAGCGGGAGUCUGUUGGCCUCCGGUCCUCGGUCUGGACGCCCGCGAAAGUGCGGAGCUUUGUCGUGUGUUUUUUGUUAUUUUUUCGCUCGCCAGUUACAGUUCUGGAGGAGCAAGUCGCUGGGGCCAUGUCGGCCGCCAUUGGAAGAAUUCAGGCGCGAGCGCCCUUUUUCUUCUUCAGAGCUGUAGCACCGUUGAAGGCGAUGGAGGUGCUAUGAGCUGUCGCUGCGAAAAGCCGCCCGAUUCUCUAUGGCGAACGCACUCGAUAAAGCUAGGGCCCCUGCGAUCCUCCGGCGGCACACUCGGCCCAGCGUUGCUCCUCCUACGAAAUCGCAGGCAGAUCAUCAACACCACCCCAAUAUGGCACCUCGUUCCUCUUCAAAAAAGCAGGAGUGCCGCAACAGUGGCAGCAGUCAAUCAAGAGCGCUCUCGAAGGUCAUUUUUGAGGAUCUGCAGCGCUACGGUAGUAGCAGCCAGAAGAGCACCGCGGAGGAAAUCAACCGCAAUCGCGUUGGUUCUGAGGUCCUUCCCAAGCGAGCAGAUCGGGAAGUUUAAAAGUGGCACCGUCGUCACAGCUUUGACGAUCCCGAUAAUUAAAUCAAGUUAAGAAUCAGAAACAGGCAACACGGCAUAACGGGCGAGGUCCGGUCUCUAGAGUUAUCCAAAUGGAUGGAGAUGAAAGCAAUGGGCCUUGAACAUUUGACGCCAUGCCCAGGCACGAGAGAAAAAAAGCGAGAAAGCUCUCCAAGCCAGGCGAUCGGCCAUUUGUUUUCCGUGGAAGUAUUCUUCUGGGCUUGUCAAGUAUCAGGCUCCUGCUUCAGCAGCAGCACCCUGCGGGCUUUACUACGGCUCUUACGAAGCGAAAGGGCCGAGCUGUCGCGGUUUGAGCAAUGCCGUCGAGCAAGAUAAUAAGAGGGAUUAUGUUGGCGGAUUGCAGUUCACUUCUCGGCUUUCUGCAAUGUGCAGAGCGGAGCGCUCCCAUCCUUUACAGCAAGUCCGCUACUUGCUCCAAUAUGACACAGAUUGAGAUAGUGAGAAGAUCAACGCACCCUCCCACUUCAGACCAAUUCGGCGCAGAAGAUCAGCACCGCCUUCAAAUGCAUCCAGAUCCGUUUUCUUAUUCUACGACUUUCAUCCACCACGCAAGCCGGUUUUUUUUCAUUUCCCAAAACCAAAGCAGGACAGGGAAGCUGAUAGACUCACUUACAGCCCAGACCUCACAGCUCGGCGCAUCAUCAUCAGAACGCGCACGAUCGGAGGCGGCGGAAUUGUGGACGCAGAUGUCAGGGCGAAAGUAUAUCUCCUCCCAAGUUGUUGACUAGUAGAUUGCUUCCGAGGUGGCCCCUUUUCAUUUCUACUCCGCCGACACUGGCAAAGAAAAGCGUAGAAGUGGAGCGAAGUGACUACGUGCGAUCGAGUGAGAGAGCGAAACGGACUGACUAUGUGCGAAGAACAGCCCAGGAACAAAGGCCGCGACUAUGUGCGAAGGAGUGGGAGACAGCGAGUCUAAGUGGGUAGCAAGCGAGUCGGGCACUGCCCUACUCGCCUGCCUGAUGUCUUUCCGCAGCGCUCGCAGUCGAACUCUCGGCCAAGUUGGUCCGUCGCUGUUUUGACGCGACGGAACGAAGCAGAGGACGCGCGCGAGACAGCGUCACUAGUCGGCUUCACUUGCCGGGCAAGCUUUCCCAAACCGACACUGGCUAAAGCGUAGAAGUGAAGCGAGGCGACUCUGAGCGAAAGAGUGGGCGAAGUGAAGCGACUACGUGCGAAGCACAGCCCCGGAUCAAAGAGCGUGGCGGUGUGCGGCGAUUUCUCGCCGUUUUGAGUUUGACGCGACGGAGCCGAACGAGGUGGGCAGUUCCAUUUGGGCGCCUUCUUGUGCCACCAUCGUCGCCGGUGUGUGAUGAUGGUGCUGGUGUACAUAUGUCGAGCAAGAGAAGAUCUCUCUUGCCACUCAUGUCACAAAGAAACUCGGGCGCGCCGCGCAGAUGUCGGCCAACGGCGCUCGCGUAUAUCGGUCACCGACCGGCUGAGAAGGCCGGCGAUGUCUUUUGAGUUCGGUCCUUGGUGUACUUUUACACGAAGAAACUGCGCGCGCAUUUGAAUGUGGCAGGAGUUUCCGAAAGUCGGCGCGCCUAUAAAUACCUAGUGCCGCGCGGGGAAAACCUGUCCAAAAGCGUGCGCUCGUGUGCCGUAGCCCGAGCGCAGCGCCAUCAUCAUCAAAAUGCGGCAGGUUUUUUUCCAGCAAGCGGCGGCCUACAACGCUCCGGAGAUUUCCUGCAAGCUACGGAGGCAGGCGGCAGGCAGGUAAGUUCCCUCGCGUGCAGCGACACGAGUAUCAGCAUCGCCUUGCUUCGCCACCUUUUGCUUUUUGCGGGGCCGCAGAAAUGCUCGCCAACGGCCAACCCACGCACUCGCUGCGGGUCGCGCGGUGCUGUGAUUUCACAGGAGGAGGCCCUGGCGCUGCUGCGCGUCUGUGUCGCUACUGGAUCGAUGUCAUCAAGGAUGUGCGGCUACUUGCUCCACAUGAGUGAUGGCGUAUCUAUAUGCGCGCGGGCUACUGACUGGCAAAAUGCAGCCUUUUUUCGUAAGAGAACGCCACCCCCUUCGCUUCGUUCCAGCGCGCAAACUUUGGGCCAUUUUGUAAGAUUUCAGCUCUUUCCUACACUAAGAACGCAACACAGUCCGGCCAAAUGGGCUCGCGCGCUGACAAGCCUGCCGGGCCGGGAGGGUAUUUGCCUGCCGCUCGCCGGACGUCGUGUCGUACCAACGGGCCGCCCGCCGCUGGCCAGACGGUGAACAACCAGGGACCACAUUAGCAACGCUAGCAGCGCAGCCGAAAGGGGGGCGAAGCAAGCAGUUUUCAGCUACACGGGCCGGCUUUCGUCAGCGGCGGCAUGGAUGUCGUUGCGCACGAGGUCCCCCGGGGGGGGGUGCCGAAAGAGGCCGGCGCGUUUUUUUUUCGUUUUCCCAUCCGGCCCGGCGGUGGGCAGUUGGCUACCCCUCGCAAGGGCCCUGAAGGUGGCAGCGGAGGGGGAACCAACGCCAUCAGAGGAGAAGCGACGCGAGCUCGGCAUGAUCGCGCCGUCGGUCGAGAAAGAUCUCUGGGCGCGCAAAACGGGCUGUAUCCGGGCGCUGUAGCUGUACUGUAAUAACAGAGCGGAUGGAGGUCGACUUCUCAGACACAGCGGCAUCGGCUUCGGAGCCACAUGCGCCGGCGCAAAAGUGGGAACGCCAGUCGGCCCGCGUCUGGGACGGCAGCACAGCGGCUCGCGGAGUCUGUCGAUGUGCUGCGAAUCGCUGCAGCGGGCCAGCACUUUGCGAGGGAGGUACUAGCAACACCGGCGGGCCGGCUACCGGGACCGGAGGCCACAAACCUCCCUCAUAUGUGUCUGUUGUUUCUCCCUUCUUGUCCCGUCGCGUAUUAAUUGCCCCCAGAUGAACUGAGGCCCGAGGACCGGAGACCAUCGGCCUCCUUCUUAUGUGUCUGGCGCUUUUGCCUUCUUAUCUCGUCAUAUAUUACCUCGUGACGAAGUGGGGACCGAGGACCGGAGACCAACAACCUCCUUCUUAUGUGUCUGGCGCUUCUACCUUCUUAUCGCGUCAAAUAUUACCUCGCGAUGGAGUGAGGACCGAGGACCGGAGACCACCAGCCUCCUUCUUAUGUGUCUGGUGUUUCUCCCUUCUUGUCUCCUCAUAUAUUACCUCGUGAUGGAAUGAGGACCGAGGACCGGAGACCAACAACCUCCUUCUUAUGUGUCUGGUGCUUCUCCCUUCUUAUCUCCUCAAAUAUUACCUCGUGAUGGAGUGAGGACCGAGGACCGGAGACCAACAACCUCCUCUUUAUGUGUGUCAAGUGUCUGCCAUUUUAUGUAGUGCGUUGCUCUACAUGAGAUUCCUUUAGGAUCUUCUGUCGUUACUUUUUCAAUUCCUUUUAGAGCACAAACACGAAACACGAUGGAGCUGCUGUUAUUCCGUGCCAUGCCUUGUUCUUGUACAUGUUGUACGGAAAAUUUGUAUUCCAUAGAAAAACGCCAAAGCGUAUCACGGACCAGCGUUCCUCGCGGAUAAGGUGGUGCUCGACAAAAUCGUGCAGGAGACCGCAAACGACGUCGACGCGGUGGUGGUCUCCGGUAUUCACCUGAAAGAGUGCGCAGCGGCGGCAAUGCGCGCAGACCUGAACGCGGCGGAGAAAGCCGCGGCCUGCCGCACCGGAAAUUUGGCGCAGGCAGUCGUGCUCUGCCACGGAAAGAGGCCAAGUAUAAUCUCAGUCUCACUGCAGCUUUUUUAUCAUUUGAAAGAAGCACGUGUAUGCUACGACACUCGAUACCGCUGUCGUUUUGCGCAUUCUCUCGCGGCCGACACGGAACCCGAAAAAGUCUUCCUAAGUUGUCUCGUGACUAUCACUAUUUAUCCAAGAAAAAAAAACUCCAGGACUCCUGUCCUAAGUUGUCGUCGUCCUUACUUCGGAAAAAAUGAAAACUACCUUUACAAACAGCGGCCGAGUGGGCACAUCAGCGCAUCAGUGACAUUUACCGGGACCACCGGAUCAACCACUGGCUGCACAUUGACAUCGAUUGGCGUAGCGACCCCGACCUGGUCGCCGAUGUUGGGCGGUCAAAAGUUGAACUCGCGACGCAGUACAAGCUCGUCUUCGCGCGCCGGUGUUAUCCAAGAAAAAACACCCAUCCCCAUACAAUUUGUCAUGCAAAACAUGCAUCAAAUCCACUAUUUGUCAUGCAAAAAAUGGAUGGGGAUGGGUGUUUUUUCCUCGAUAAGUGUCCGCUCGAGGCUAUGGUCACUCCGGAUUACCUCGGGCGACCCAGCGGAGGCAAGAAACCCACAGCCGCAAACACAGCGGUGUCAAAGGCCGACAGUGUCAGCGCAGCGCCGAUCAAGUUUGUCCCGAACGCGAGGAAGUGGAUUUCCUAUGUGACAGUGAAGAAAGCAGCAGAUGUUGAUGGUGCCGAAGUUGUUGACCAUGCAGAACUCCAACCUGCGUCCAUCGCUGCGAUGAUGCAACCCCGCAAGCUGAGCGACGCCGGAGAGCUACAGCCGGAAAUCUACACGAAGCCCAAGCUGGUGAUCGACAACUUGCUGUGGCUGGCCUGGAGGUUCGAUUUCGACCCAGUCGCCUGGGUCAACAAGGAAUUCCACCGCAAUAAGACGGCAGAAGUGGCGAACGGGAACGGCACGCCUCGCUUCCACCUGCUCCGCUUCAACCUAGAGACCAUGGAAUUCGGAGACUGGAGUGAGGAAUGGUUUUCCCAGAAAAAGACAGAAUUAAACGCUGCCACGCAGGACGCGACAGACGUCGCAAAAGUCGAGUCAAUAAAGGAAGAAUGGGGCUGGACCCUUGACAGUUGGGCGGCAGCUAUUGUCUACAUUUGAUUUUUAUGUAGUUCCGGUUGCCUGGCGUUGUCGUCCUCGCAAAAAGAAAAAAGCGACAAAAAAAUCUCUGAUGUACCGCUCGCGCGGACG